AGGAGUCGGAGGCGGAGAAGAAGGCGGCGGCGGCGGGUGGAGGACCGAGCGCCGUCCUCGCUGCGGAGCCGCUUCUCAGCUCGGAAUCUUUUGCAGCUUAUCCAUUGUGUGAGUAGAAACUAAAUCACAUCCAUAAUUCCACUGAACUGGGUACACGGACACUGCCGUCUAUGUCACAGUUUAUUGAGAACGAGCCAGCAGUGAUGGAUCAAGACUCUAGCAAGGCUGCCUGGCCGAAACCAGCAGGAGGGUAUCAGACCAUUACCGGCAGGAGAUACGGCAGAAGACAUGCGUAUGUCAGCUUCAAGCCGUGCAUGACCAGGCACGAGAGGAGCUUAGGUCGGGCUGGCGACGACUAUGAAGUGCUGGAACUGGACGGCGCUCUGGAGGAAAGCCCCUCAGGUUCCAGUCCACUGGAUCAAGUUCAUUCUUCUGGCCCCAGUGACCCUUUAUCAGAAAAAAGUGAAGCAGAAGUUCCCAUUUGUGAUACAGCAUUGAACCAAACCAUUGAGAGCACUCCAUCCUUCGCUGCAGUGCGUCAUAGCGAGGAAGGCAGGGAGCCCUUAGGAAGCGGCGUGGAUCUGCACAGUCACUCUGAGGGAGAAUGUACUCCAGGAGUUUGUAACGCUUCAGGUGUCCAACAUGGAGUUACACUGGCUCAUACUGACUUUUACGAUCCCGCCGGCAGACGUGGAGAGGAUAAUGGCCAGCUUCAGCUCCCUGCAGGCGUGGAAGGUGGCAGCUGUCAGGCAGCACUGGGCGGCACGGUAUUUGAGCUGGAAAAUGGAGAGGCAGAGGCGUACACUGGUCUUGCACCAGCAGCUCCCUCUUUCAGCUGUGAAUUAAGAGACGAGUUUGGAGGGGCAGAUUCAGCACCUCCAGCGGAAAGGCCUGCUGAUCACGCUGAGCUUGUCAGUCAGAACAAUCAGGAGUUUCAGACAGCCUCUUCUGAAGAUGAAGCGGUUAGAAAGGAACAACAAAGUAAUGCUAGCCAGGAGAGACAGAGAGAAAGUUCAGCUGAAGAUUCCGCCUGUGCUCCCAGGCAUAUUUGCAGUGAAGAAACCACCAGUGAUAGGGGCAAAAACCAGGGAAGUUCCCUUGAGCAGGUGGUGAGGCCCAAAGUUAGGAAAGUGAUAAGUUCGAGCCAGGUGGACCAAGAAACAGGUUUUAAUAGGCAUGAGGCCAAACAAAGAAGUGUUCAGAGGUGGAGAGAGGCUUUGGAAGUUGAGGAAAAUGGCUCAGAUGACCUCUUAAUAAAAUGUGAUGAGUAUGACGGAGAACAUGAUUGUAUGUUCUUGGAUCUGCCUUUCGCAAGAGUCACACAGAGGGAAGCAGAAGAUCGCCAGCUAACAGCGGAAAGUGGAGCCCCAGUAAGGCGAGAGGCUGUGGAUAACACAUUUUGGAAUGGCUGUGGAGAUUAUUACCAACUGUAUGACAAAGAUGAGGAUAGUUCAGAAUGCAGUGAUGGAGAAUGGUCUGCUUCUUUGCCUCAUCGAUUUUCUGGUACAGAGAAAGAUCAGUCCUCAAGCGAUGAAAGCUGGGAGACCCUGCCAGGAAAAGAGGAGAAUGAGCCUGAGCUGCAGAGUGACAGCAGUGGUCCGGAGGAGGAGAAUCAGGAGCUGUCUCUUCAGGAAGGGGAACAAACAUCCUUGGAAGAGGGAGAAAUUCCUUGGUUACAGUACAAUGAAGUCAAUGAGAGCAGCAGUGAUGAAGGGAAUGAGCCCGCUAACGAAUUUGCACAGCCAGAAGCUUUCAUGUUGGAUGGUAACAAUAACCUUGAGGAUGACUCCAGCGUGAGUGAAGACUUGGAUGUGGACUGGAGCUUGUUUGAUGGCUUCGCAGAUGGACUCGGAGUUGCUGAAGCUAUUUCUUAUGUGGAUCCUCAGUUCCUCACUUACAUGGCGCUGGAAGAGCGCUUAGCCCAGGCUAUGGAGACUGCCCUGGCACACUUAGAGUCUCUUGCAGUGGAUGUGGAAGUGGCCAAUCCACCAGCCAGUAAGGAGAGCAUUGAUGGUCUUCCAGAGACCCUUGUUCUUGAAGAUCACACUGCUGUCGGUCAGGAGCAGUGCUGCCCGAUCUGCUGCAGCGAGUAUAUUAAGGACGACAUAGCGACCGAGCUGCCCUGCCACCACUUCUUCCACAAACCUUGCGUCUCGAUUUGGCUACAAAAGUCCGGGACCUGCCCCGUGUGCCGCCGUCACUUCCCACCUGCUGUGAUGGAAACGCCCGCCGCUGCUUCCUCUGAGCCUGAUCGUGACACCCCCCCUGCAAGUGACAGUGCUGCAGAAGCCCCCUAAGCCUUCCCACUUGAAUGAGAUCAGUCUAUCAAAGUAAAUCUGCAGAUUCCUUCUAAAUCUGAUGUGCAAAUAAUUAUAUAUAAAUAUAUUAAAAAUGCUAUAUAUAGUCUAUGCCAUAGUUUAGAAAGAGAAUAUUAACCUUUCUAAACUUAAGUUUAGGUUUGCAGAAAGUGCUAAACGUUUUCAAGCUGAAUGUUGAAGUAGUGCAUCCGUUUUCUUUAGUUUAACAUGUUGUUAAUUGUAAAGUCAAGCUUAUCAGUUCAUUCUCUCCAGAAGAAAUAAUCAUCUAUGUGGCACACAUUGUUGAUUUUGUCUGGAGUACUGCCACUAAGUGAUUAUAAUUAAGCUUUCCUAUUUGCAUCAAAUGUGAAGAUUGUGAUUACAACAGUAGUAAAAUUUGGUUUCGCUGGAAAUAAAAAGGAAUUAUAAAGCAUGCUUUUUCUUUGGUCCCUUUGCUUCAUCAAAACCUCUUGGUUCGUAAUACUGAGUGGUUUUGUAAGAAGGUGUCUCUUCUUUCAAUAAGGCUGUUUAGAAUGCCAACCAGGACUUCCAGCUAGAGCAUCGCAAAGUGCUUCUAUCCUACCUGUGGUCUCUUUGCAAUGGUCAGGUAGGAAAUUAGUCAUUAUAUUUGAACUGGUGGACGCGUGUAAAGUAAAGUUAGUAAAGAAAAGUAACCAGUCUCCUGUGCUCAGUGCUUGGUGCAGUGAGACGAAUUAGAUGGCCUUAUGAGAUCCUUUCUGUUUGUCCAAAGUUAUACUUGAAGGUCCAGAACACUCAUGGCACAUUUAUGUAAUAAAUAUUGGAUAUAGUUAAAGGUAAUUUUCACUCUGUAAUAUUUUGGAAAGUCUGAAAAAGAAAGCAUGAAGUGUUUUAAAACACUCAUUCUGUUGUAUCCCAAAAGAAAAUCUGAAUCCUUAAAAAAACUAGAAAGUUAAUUGUACUAUCUUGUAUAAAGCAUCAAAUUGAUGGAGUACAGGACAGAUUUGACCACAGCUUUUUACAACAUAGCUAAACCUUCCUCUGUUAUAAUUUAUUAUUUUAAAGUAUUGCUGGACAGAGAUUAUUCAUAUUACAUUAUCAGCCUUUGUUUCUCUGCACUAAUAUAUUUUGGUGAAACUGUUCACCCAGAGUUAAAAUGGUGUCACAUGAAGCUGCAGAUGAAAAACGAAUAGACUGUGUGAUUCCCUCGUAACUGUGUGGACAGAACUGAGCAGGUAACACAGCUCUGGUGUCGGUUUCCUUUCUAUAGAAGGAACGAUGCUGACCUCAGAUUCAUCCUCUGAAAGAGACCUGUUCACAAGCUUUUACACAAGAGAGGAAAUCAGCUUUCCUCACAUUUUCUUUUUUUAAUGGGAAACCUGACCACAGAGUCAUCUCUGUAAUUAUGAAACCAAACUAAGACUGCACAGCUCUCUGUUUAGGUCAUCCCACCCGGUAGGCAAGUCUGUAUCAACAUGGACAUGAAAUUUAACUUAGAGAUGCUUUAGGUGCCAAGACCGGAAAAGGAUGAAGGGUCUUAGAAUGCCACAUUUGAGCAAGUAAAAUAGUGAAGCACGUGGUGAGUGUACAUCCAUCAAAGUAGUACAUUGAUAAUUUAGUUUGGACACUAAAACAGGAGUGUUUAUAUGGCUUCCCAAAUGCAGAGUUUAUGUUGUAUUUGUGUAAUUUCUCUGAGUAUUUAUAUUCCAUCUCUUUUCUCCUUUCUUAAAAAUAAAUGAAUUUUCACUGUUGGCACAUUUGAGGCUUAAAUAUAAGGAACAUAAAACUUGCAUUCUAAUUUUUGCAUAUAUUGUAAAUGUGUCUGGUAUUUACAGCAAAGUACUGUGUAUCCUUUUAUGGGUAAAACAAAGCUGAACGUUGCAUGCCUGCACUGUGGUGGCUUUGUAGUUUAGAGGUCCUGUGGGGCAUCUGUGACUUCGGAAAUGCUCACAUUCAGGCCUUAACGUUGCAUUAGGUAGCAUGUUUUCCUUCUGAUGUAUAUAAGCACUGUUGUAUAAACUAAUCUUUGCUUGUUUUCUACUCCGUGGUCUUUCCAUACCAUAUUUCAUUGAUAAUCAGUUAGUGUCAAGGGGUCAAAUCAGAUUAAAGUUAAUUCUCAUGUGUAUAUUGUGGGAAUUUGUGGUUAGUGUGAUUUUUGUUGUUAUUUGUUUCCUUUAUGUAAUAAUGAUCAGUUGUGACACUUACUGGUUAAAAUGACAUUGUUACAGGUUUUCUCUGUAAUAAGCCACACAUUAUAUUUAGGCAGUAUAAUGGGACCUUGGUUUUCUUCUAGAUAGCAGCUGUCAGAAAGAAAAUAUUUCUUCUUUGCCUAUUAAGAUUUAGCUGUUAUCUGCCAGUUGUUGAGAGGUUUUGGUUCCAGAUUCAACCAGCAGUGUUGAGAGCUGAACUUAAGAGAGCUGUUGUACUUUUUGCUUUCCAUCUGUUUCCGCCCUUCGUUCGUGGCUCCCUACUGUCUAUAAACAGCUGCUGUGAAGGAGAAAAGUUCAAUAAGAGUUGGCUUAAAAAUUCUGUAAAAAAUAAAAUUGAGGUUUUAGAAUUGUCGUUGUAACAAGCUGAUAUAAUCUGAGGCUGACAAGGCAACUAAAUUUUGAAAAAGUAAAAAAUAUAUGAUGGUAAAUUAGAAGUGUUAAUAUUACUUAAAAUAUUGUUUCUCUUAUUUCUCUAUUAUAUGUUAAGUGACUUGACCUAAUAAUUUUAUUUUUUUUUUAAGUUUUCUUCUUUCUUGUAAUAUGAAUGCUGAUAUUUAAAGGUAAAUCUAUGUGGUUUUCUUUUGUGUUUCUUGUUUAUCUCUAAGCUAAGUCUUUAAGAUUAUUUGUGAUCUGGAUUUAUAUAUAAGCUGUUAAAUAUAUGUGAACUGUUAAAAUGGAAUGCAAGCUUUUCAAAAGCCCAGGUCUAAAUGUAGUGAUUGGUUUAUUGUUCUACAACCCCAGACCAUCAUUUUUCGUGUAAGUCAUAAACAAUAAACAGGAUAU